GUAGUAUUCAUCUCUAUUUUUCAUUAUUAAGUAAAUAAUCUUAAAAUAUAUAGAUGAAAUGACUCAAAUUCAAGAUUUUUCAAUUCCCUUUCAUAAAGGUGGAAUAUAUAUAUAAAGGAUGGUUAAGGGCCUCUAAUAGUAACACUUAACACAAGUAGCAGAGAGAUAGGAUCGAUCGAUUAGACAAAAUGGGAAGGAGACCUUGCUGUGCUAAAGAAGGUGUCAAAAGAGGAGCUUGGUCUGCUUCGGAAGAUAAAGUCCUCAUUAAUUAUGUUGAACUCCAUGGAGAAGGGAAGUGGAGAGACCUUCCUCGAAGAGCUGGGUUGAAGCGAUGUGGAAAAAGUUGCAGACUCCGAUGGCUCAACUAUCUGAGGCCCGAUAUUAAGAGAGGCAACAUUUCUGUUGAUGAAGAAGAUCUCAUUAUCAGACUCCAUAAGCUUCUUGGUAAUAGGUGGUCGCUUAUUGCUGGGAGGCUUCCUGGGAGAACCGACAACGAAAUCAAGAACUACUGGAACUCCAAUCUGAGAAAGAGAGUUAAAGGUGAAAAGGGUAGUCGAUGUUCCAGCAAACUGCGGUUCGAUAAUUUAAGCAAAAAGAAGAACUCUCCACCCCCGCCACCACCAGGAGCAGUGCAAACCAAACCAGUAACAUGCAGCAAAGUCGUCAUAAUUCCUCAAGCUCUAGAAAAGGAACAAGUGAUUCAGAAGAAAGCAGAGAGCAAGAGGACUCCAUCUUGUUCAGCUUUACAGCAGGAAGACAGUUCAUUGGACCUGGAUUUUGACAUUGAUGACUUCCUUUUACUGGAGGCUCCCAAUUCAGAGCUGGACCAAGCUAAACUGAAUAUUAAUGGAAAUGCUUUGGGUCCUGGAGACUAUGGCCUCAAUAACUUGUCAUCAUGUUGGCCAGAAUUUCCAGUCUCAACAGUCGAUAGCUUUUACUAUUGAUGGAUGCAUGGAUAGACUUCUGCAAGCUUAGAAGAAUAUUUACUUGUAGAAAUUCUUGCUUAAACUGGUAUAUCGUCAAUUCAAGACCCCAACAUAUCUUAUAUUUAUAAUAAAUUGAGUUUAGGCAAGAAAAAUCAUAUAGAAUUAUUUUAAGAAUAAGAAAAUAUUAGUACAAUUCAUCUUAGACAUAUAAAUGGUUUAACAUGUAGCAUUUUUUUUUUUUUUGAAAUUAACAUGUAGUAUUCUCCAUAUACACAAUCAAUAAAAUUACACUAUAAUUAUUUUUUGUUA